AUGAGACUAUUUCGAAGACGUUGUGAUGACGCUGUUAUUCUGACAUGUCAUGACCCUGUUAUUCUGACAUAUGAUGACCCUGUUAUUAGGACAUCUGAUGACCCUGGUAUUCUGACAUGUGAUGACCCUGGUAUUCUGACAUGUGAUGACCCUGGUAUUCUGACAUAUGAUGACCCUGUUAUUAGGACAUCUGAUGACCCUGGUAUUCUGACAUGUGAUGACCCUGGUAUUCUGACACGUGAUGACCCUGGUAUUCUGACAUGUGACGAUCCUGGUAUUCUGACAUGUGACGAUCCUUGUAUUCUGACAUGUGAUAACUCUGUUAUUAGGACAUCCGAUGACUCUGUUAUUAGGACAUGCGAUGAACCUGUUAUUCUGACAUGUGAUGACCCUGGUAUUCUGACAUGUGAUGACCCUGGUAUUCUGACAUGUGAUGAUUCUGUUAUUCUGACAUGUGAUGACCCUGGUAUUCUGACAUGUGAUGAUUCUGUUAUUCUGACAUGUGAUGACCCUGCUAUUCUGACAUGUGACGACUCCGUUAUUCUGACAUGUGAUGACCCUGGUAUUCUGACAUGUGAUGACCCUGUUAUUCUGACAUGUGAUGACCCUGCUAUUCUGACAUGCGAUGACCCUGGUAUUCUGACAUGUGAUGACCCUGGUAUUCUGACAUGUGACGACCCUGUUAUUCUAACAUGUGACGAUCCUGGUAUUCUGACGUGUGAUGACCCUGUUAUUAGGACAUGCGAUGGACCUGUUAUUCUGACAUGCGAUGACCCUGUUAUUCUGACAUGUGAUGACCCUGUUAUCCUGACAUGUAAUGACCCUGUUAUUAGGACAUGCGAUGACCCUGUUGUUAGGACAUGUGACGACCCUGUUAUUCUGACAUGUGACGACCCUGGUAUUCUGUUAUGCGGUGACCCUGGUAUUCUGACAUGUGAUGACCCUGGUAUUCUGACAUGUGACGACCCUGUUAUUCUGACAUGUGACGAUCCUGGUAUUCUGACAUGUGAUAACUCUGUUAUUAGGACAUCCGAUGACUCUGUUAUUAGGACAUGCGAUGAACCUGUUAUUCUGACAUGCGAUGACCCUGGUAUUCUGACGUGUGAUGACCCUGUAAUUAGGACAUGUGACGACCCUGGUAUUCUGACAUGUGAUGACCUUGUUAUUCCGACAUGUGACGACCCUGGUAUUCUGACAUGUGAUGACCCUGUUAUUCUGACAUGCGAUGACCCUGUUAUGCUAACAUGCGAUGACCCUGUUAUUCUAACAUGCGAUGAAGCUAUUAUUCUUACAUGUGAUAACUCUGUUAUUAGGACAUCCGAUGACUCUGGUAUUCUGACAUGUGAUGAUGCUGUUAUUCUGACAUGUGACGACCCUGUUAUUCUGACAUGUGAUGACCCUGUUAUUCUGACAUGCGAUGACCCUGUUAUGCUAACAUGCGAUGACCCUGUUAUUCUAACAUGCGAUGAAGCUAUUAUUCUUACAUGUGAUAACUCUGUUAUUAGGACAUCCGAUGACUCUGGUAUUCUGACAUGUGAUGACCCUGGUAUUCUGACAUGUGAUGACCCUGUUAUUCUGACAUGUGAUGACCCUGCUAUUCUGACAUGCGAUGACCCUGGUAUUCUGACAUGUGAUGACCCUGGUAUUCUGACAUGUGACAACCCUGUUAUUCUAACAUGUGACGUCCCUGGUAUUCUGACGUGUGAUGACCCUGUUAUUAGGACAUGUGACGACCCUGGUAUUCUGACAUGCGAUGACCCUGUUAUUCUGACAUGCUAUGACCCUGUUUUUCUGACAUGUGAUGACCCUGUUAUUCUGACAUGUGACGACCCUGUUAUUCUGACAUGUGAUGACCCUGUUAUUCUGACAUGUGACGACCCUGUUAUUCUGACAUGUGAUGACCCUGUUAUUCUGACAUGUGAUGACCCUGUUAUCCUGACAUGUGACGAGCCUGUUAUUCUGACAUGUGAUGACCCUGUUUGUUGUAACCGCGUUGAAGAUGUCAUGUUUACUUGUCCUGCAUAUACAGACAUCCGAAAUGUAUCUUUAGAUAGCUGGUCUCCAUACUUUGUCGUCCUUUUUGUCACAUAA